CCUCAGUUCAUUCAAAAACUUACUUUCUUACAACUCUUCACGAGCUGCUAUGCUAUUCGCCGGAACGUUUAAUCCUUACCGCGUAGGGCUGUGGGUCAGGCGUCUCCAGCUCCCGCACCUGGCGUCCCCUGCCUGACCCGCGGGGUCUCGUUCCACGCUCCCGGUCUAAGCCCCCAAAUUUGAUGGUCCACUUGACGUGGGUGAUUGCAUGUCGCUGCUAGGAGCGGUAUAUAUCGUCUCAGGGGAAGGUCGCUCGCGUCUCGCGUGUUGAAUCCUCCUCAUGUAAGCAUCGUGAUGCCUUCUCGAAACAACAGCAUGCAAGACUCGUCAAGCACGUCGAGCGACUCGCCAACAGCCUCGGACUACAAACCGGACAACAGAACGUCACAGCCUCGCAAGCCGAUACCUAGGAAGGGACACACCAAGUCGCGUCGCGGAUGCUUCAAUUGCAAGAGACGCAGAAUCAAGUGCAAUGAGAAACAUCCAGAAUGCAACCACUGUGUCAAGGCAGGACUACAAUGUAACUACCCAGCCAACAUCAUACAGCUUACGCAGAGAUCGACAAGUCCCCCACAUCCACAAGAGGCAGUGAACUUACGUUCGACGCCUGGCACCUUUACGAUGGCCGACAUGCGCUUGUUCCACCACUUUCUUAUCACUGCGUAUCCGCACUUACCUGUCGGCGCCGACAAGAUCUGGAUCACCGUGAUCCCAAGUUUCGCACACAACUACGAGUAUCUCAUACAUUCGAUUCUGGCCUUGGCUGCCUCGCACUUGGACGCCGUUUCGAAUACUAGCGCCGCUGAACAAGCCAUACAGCAUCGUAUCUUAGCCGUCAAAUCUCUCAACGAAGCAUUGUCGGUGCCACCGAAGUCAAGGAGCGAACAAGAUGCCAGAAUGGCGGCUGCACUGGCCCUUGCCUUCCAGUCGAGUCAUCUCCAAGAUGGCCUCGCUGAAUUUCUGACCAUGGUUCGAGGGUGCAAUCUGAUUGCAAGCGGCGAGACAUCAGUUGGCUCAGAUUCGGCCUUCAAUGUAAGUCCUUCAUCUUCGAUCACUAUGGCGUUCAGCGAAGACGGCCACCUCCAACACAUGAAGACUCGCAUUGGUACCUCCCCGCAAUACAACUGUGUGAACCACGAAGACCUUGACCUGGCCGCCCUAUCACUUCGCUCCAUCCAAUACCUCAACAUGUCAUCAUUCGAGACGACCUACUGGGGCGCUCUCGAUGUCACCGUACAGAACGCCUACGACCGACCGAUCGAAGCAUAUACCUCCUUCGUUACACUGUACAAUAUACCUUCGCGCUGGACACACGAUGAGUUCCAAGCCUUCAUCGACCCGAACAAUAGCGUUGCGCAGAUUUUGCAAGCACACUUCAUCGCGGUCCAAGCAAUCCUCACACCUAUCUUAUACCUCGAGCGGGUUGGUUUCGAAGGCAUCGACGCACCAACGGCGGUCAUGAGUUGGAUCGAAGGGAUAUAUAGGAACGUGCCGCACCAUUUGAGGCACCAUGUUGAGUGGCCCAGACAAGUGUCGCAGUAUCCAUUCAUAAGGUUCUUGGGUCAAAUGAACACAAACUACUUCGAUGAGCAGACUGAAGAUAUGGGAUUAUUGAGUCUAUGAGUCUGCAGAUUCGGGUUGUCUUUAGGCGUUGGUGGAGAGCGGUCAUGAGAAUGAUGUACGAUAUGAUACCCACGACAGCCUCGUUGCAGGCUGGUCUAUGCAUUCGCUUUGGCAGUAAAUAUUCGAGAUACGACACAUACAAUUAAUACCUAUAGUAAUGCUUUGACAUCUCCAAC